AAUGUAUGCAUGUAUAGAUGAGUUACUUAACUAUUUUCAUCAUGAACGCAGGUCAAGACUCUCAAGCUUUCUCGUGUCAAGUGUCCCACACCAGCCUCAUCGCAUCAUCUAGUAGAAGCACUUUGUUCUAUGCCAAACCUGACUGACCUGACACUUGGAAUGUAUCUCAAUGAGGAGUCCAAUGAGGAUUUCUACUCUUCAUUGAAAGCACAUGCAUCAUCCAUACAGGUCAAGACUCUCAAGCUUUCUCGUGUCAAGUGUCCCACACCAGCCUCAUCGCAUCAUCUAGUAGAAGCACUUUGUUCUAUGCCAAACCUGACUGACCUGACACUUGGAAUGUAUCUCAAUGAGGAGUCCAAUGAGGAUUUCUACUCUUCAUUGAAAGCACAUGCAUCAUCCAUACAGGUCAAGACUCUCAAGCUUUCUCGUGUCAAGUGUCCCACACCAGCCUCAUCGCAUCAUCUAGUAGAAGCACUUUGUUCUAUGCCAAACCUGACUGACCUGAGACUUGGAAUGUAUCUCAAUGAGGAGUCCAAUGAGGAUUUCUACUCUUCAUUGAAAGCACAUGCAUCAUCCAUACAGGUCAAGACCCUCGAGUUUAAUCAUGUCAAAUGUCCCACAUCAGCCUCAUCGCAUCAUCUAGUAGAAGCACUUUGUUCUAUGCCAAACCUGACUGACCUGACACUUGGAAUGUAUCUCAAUGAGGAGUCCAAUGAGGAUUUCUACUCUUCAUUGAAAGCACAUGCAUCAUCCAUACAGGUCAAGACCCUCAAGCUUGAUGAUGUCAAGUGUCUUACACCAGCCUCAUCGCAUCAUCUAGUAGAAGCACUUUGUUCUAUGCCAAACCUGACUGACCUGACACUUGAAAUGGUUCUGGAUAAGGAGUCCAGUGAGGAUUUCUACUCUUCAUUGAAAGCACAUGCAUCAUCCAUACAGGUCAAGACUCUCGAGCUUCAUGAUGUCGGGUUUCCCACACCAGCAUCAUCACAUCAUCUAGUAGAAGCACUGUGUUCUAUGCCAAACCUGACUGACCUGACACUUGGAAUGGAUUGGGAUGAGGAGUUCUACUGUACAUUGAAAGCAAAUGCAUCAUCCAUACAGGUCAAGACUCUCAGGCUUUAUGCUGUCAGCUUUCCCACACCAGCCUCAUUACAGUUCCUAGCAGAAGCACUGUGUUCUAUGCCAAACCUGUCUGACCUGACACUUUAUGAAAUGGGUGUCCAUGAGCAGCUCUGCUCUGCUUUGAAAGCAAAGGCAUCAUCCAUACAGGGUUGUUUUCCUCAGAUUAGAAAGGGAAACUUCAGGUUCAAUGGAGUUGCUCAAAAGGACUUCAACUCAUUUCUUCACACCCUCUCAUGUAUUCCAAGCUUAUUUGACCCAGACGCCUCAAGUGACUUGGAUGGCUCGGCCAACUCGGGCAACUCAAAUGACUCAGACGGCUCAAGUGACUCGGACGCCCCGGCCAACUCAGGCAACUCAAAUGACUCGGACGGCUCAAGUGACUCAGAUGCCCCGGCCAACUCAGGCAACUCAAAUGCCUCGGACAACUCAGCCGACUGUGGCAACUCAAAUAACUUGGAUUGCUUGGCUGACAUGGCUAACAUCAGUGUUACCACUGAUACCACCCUCAACAGCAACCCAUGGGUGAUGUACACUCUCCAGGAAGGGCAAUUCCUUCAUCAGACCACCCUCAACAGCAACCCAUGGGGGAUGUACACUCUUCAAGAAGGGCAAUGCCUUCAUCAGACCACCCUCAACAGCAUGUUGGCAAUACAUCAGAUGCUGUAUGUCAAUUCUCUCAGACACACAGAGAAGGUAGCAGUAGUCAGAGCAGGCCUUACAAGAGGCAACCUCCUUCUACUCAGUCGAGAGUUCAACAGGAUGAUCCUGGAAUUCCAGAGAAGCAAUCAAAGUAUGAAGUCUAGUUGCUAUGGGAUCAAUAGAGUAAGACAGUGUCCCAGUGGUAACACCUUAUCUUGA